AUGUCUGUUCCUGACGAUUGUAAAGAUUGCCUCCGCGGCUAUGUCUGGGAAGGUACUCCAGCCGGCAUCGAGACCAAGCUAGGCGCGAAUGUAACCUACAAAGUCGGCAGUGACCCCGAAGUAGCAGUCUUGGUCAUCCACGAUCUCGGUGGCUGGACCUUCCCAAAUCUGCGCCUUCUGGCCGACUACUAUGCAAAGGAGGUGGGAGCUACCGCGUUUGUGCCAGACUUUUUUGGUGGGGAGGUGCUUCCUCUGGACGCCUUGAUGGAAGGUCCAGCAUCUGAGGCGUGGGCCAAACUCGACAUCUCCGCCUUCUCGGCGAAGAAUUCCAAGAAGAUUCGCGAGCCGGAAAUAUUUGGAUGCGUAGCGGCCUUGAGAUCUCAAUUGGGUUUCAAGAAGGUUGUGACAGUAGGCUACUGCUUCGGUGGGUGGGCGGUGUUUCGUCUAGGCUCACAAGAGGGAGCGAUACCCUUGGUUGAUGCUAUCAGCACUGCGCAUCCGUCGUGGCUGACCAAGCAGGAAAUCGCAGGUACGAGGGUUCCCAGCCAGAUUAUUGCGCCUGAGCACGAUAUGCAGCUCACUCCAGAGCUCAAGAAGUACGCGAAUGAGACACUGCCUACGCUGGGAGUUGAGUAUGAUUAUCGGUAUUUUCCGGGGUUGAUUCACGCUUUUGCCACGAAAGGUGAUGACCGGAUUCCAGGGGAAAAGCAGGGGGCUGCAAGGGCCAAGAGAGCCGUGGCUUCAUGGUUCUUGCAGAUGCUGCGGGAUUGA